AUGUUUCCCGUCUCUACAUGUUGCUUGUUGCUGCCAUACGUUUGGGAAUACCGUGUGCGCGUUCCGUGCGAUUGUUUGAAGUUCUUCAAAACUUUUCAGGUGGAGCUGGAGAAGUUGAAUGCUGCCACUGAUGAGAUAAACAAACUGGAAUUGGAACUUGAUGAAUCUGUGAAAACAUUCCACCUGUUACUCAACGAGACGUCUCGGAGGCUUCAAGCUCUGACCAAACGUUUGGGGACUUGUGUGGAUAAGUCCCGGCCGUACCACGACGCGGUCGCGUCCUCGGUUGUAGCUCGAUCAGAAUGUCAACGGGCUGCUGUGCAGUUCCAGAGGGCUAGUGAGUUGCACGCAGCGGCUAAAGAAACGGUGACGCUCGCGGAGCAACGCUUCGUCAGUAAGCAAGAUGAGUGGCAGUUCGAUAGCAACUGGCAGGAGGUGCUCAAUCAUGCUAUCAUCAAGGUUAUGGACGCCGAGAAGCGUAAAGCGGAGAGUGGCCGCGAGCAUCAAAAGAAGGCGGCCGCGUACAUCGCAGCCGAGCGUAAGGUUACUCAGCUCGAAGAAAAUCUGAAGCGAAAUAUCAUCAAGUCAAGGAUAUAUUUCGACGAGAAGAAAUUAUGUGAUGAGCAGUUGCAAGCACAAAAUGAGAAAAUUGAAAAAUUACAACGUCUCAUAGCUGACGCUAAGUUUAGAUAUUCUAAGUCUUUGAAGGCCUUAGAAGAGAUAUCGGAGGAGAUACAUAGGCGUAGAGGGGAGUACCUGCCCGAUAAAGAUACUAUACCAGUCGGACCCAGAGAACCUGGUGUGGGCGCUGAAAGAGAUCCAGUUCAUGAUGAAAAUGAUACCAAUGAUGAAGACUCCAGUCUUCAAGAACUUAGAAUGCGUGUGAGAGAAUUAGCACUCAAACCCAUAGAUAGAAACGACGUAGAAACAGACGAGGCGUGGGCGCAGGAAUUGAAUGAAACAAUAAACAAGCUCGACCAACUGCUAAUGAUGAAGGAAACCAACCAGCAGAAGAAGUCCAAAUUUACCAACAAUUCGCCCAAAAACUCCAGCGCCCCAACAACUAGCACCAACACUGGAAAAUAUAGGGAUACAAAUCUGUCCCGUACUAAAUCUAUAAGUCGUGAAGUUAUAUAUGAAAACACAAACCCACCUAUCGCAAAGUCGGAUAAGUCAAAGAGUAUGAUGUCGUUAGAUGUGCUAGCUUUGGCAAGAGAUGCAACUAUAAUGGAUAGGGAGUCGUAUCUGAAAGCUGUUAUUGAAGAUAAAUCGCCAACAGGGACCUACACUGAGAGCAAUUCUGAUAGAAAUGAGAGUCCAGAUGAUAUUUUAAUGGUAGAAUGCGACUCGAGUGACUCGAACCAAAACCCAGUCAUAAGGAUGACAAGUUCUACAAUCACUGAUAGCGAUAAUAGU